AUGGCAACUGGAGCCUGUUACUGGAGUGGCAACGGCUCUUAUUGCUGCCCUUGCAGUGGCCAAGGACAGCCCGAUGUGGCCGAAUCUUUGUCGACCUUGUGCGUGGAGUGUGGACAUUCACUGAAAAAUCAUUUCAUAAUUGCGCCGCACCCCCAGGAUCCUACUGCUAGCCAGGUCUUCCUACCAAGGCACAAGACCGUGAGAAAGCUUUCCAAUCUUAUCCAUGAACAAAGAGUUGUCCUUGCCCGUGGAACCCCAUCAUCGGGAAAGACCUUUCUCGCCAUAUGUCUUCAUACCUUUCUUCGUGGACAGGGAGUCAAGUCGAUUUAUAUCAAACGCUUUCCCCUUAGCUUAGAGGGUGGUCCCACCGCGUUACAGUACCUGGCUGAGGCCUGUAACAUGCAAGGAUUUCCGGCAUUCGACCACAGCGUCCUGCGUAACAGAUUCGUAUUCAUCAUCGAUGAUGCACACAUGACUUACAAUAACUCCGAACUGUGGUUACUUCUGAACUCGAUGAACCAAGAUCGGCUCAACAACAUACCAGGUGCCCAUUUCUGUAUGUUUGCUGCAUUCGGUACUCCAGAUAAGGGUGUUAUGCCACACAACAUGGGGAGUGACCUGUUGGUAUUCAAUAAAAGUCAACGUCUUUUCUUGUCCCUGAGUUUUGCCCAAGAGAUCACACUUUGCUACACCCGGGAAGAGUUCGAUCAGUAUGUGGAAAUGCAUCUCCGGGGUCGAGGUUCAGAUUAUGAAAUCUGCGAUAUUUUGAGGGAUAUCAUCUACACCUUAACUGACGGCCACCCUGAAUUGAUGGAUGCGUUCAUGGAUCUCUGCGACGUGUGGUAUGAAUUAUUUUACAAGGAAGACCAACUCGAUGUUUUGAGAUAUGAUGACUUGGAAAUUGAUCAAUUCUUUCGAGUUCGUGGCAUUCUGGAAGCAACAAUCGCGAGAACAGUAAAUUUCGCAGGUCUUCCACUUUCUCCCGAUACUUUCUUCCCUCCCGAACAGGAGUUUGAAGUUCUUCGCCAGGUUCAGUUAACAAAUCAUGAAGGCGUUCUGUUUGACCCACACAGUGAAGCUAUGCUAUCGUGCCUAACGAAAGGUUGGCUGCAUAUGGAAGAAGCCCGACAAGGAGGAUUCAGAUGUUACUUUCCAACCUUGUUUCACAACAGGAUCGUGGAGUACCUUAUGGGAGUCGAGGAUCUUAGAUAUGCACCCCCGCCCACAGUGAACCAAAGAGAAAUUGAGUUGAUGCUGAGCAUGCGAAAGAUGACCAUUUCCUAA